AUGGACCCUCCUAAUAAGCGACGGAGGCUCGCGCCUAAGGUAGCCGAACUUCCCCCUCCUCACAGCGCGCCUCAGGCUGCACCACCAACAACAGCCUCUCCUGUCUCUGCGGCAGCUGCUGCAGCAUCCAUGCCCACUCCUACUGUAACUCCCCAGCAGGCUCAAUUUGCUGCUGAGCAGGUUCAGCCUUCCCCACCCGAACGCCACGAGUUUGAGUCCUUUGCCAGACAUCUACAAGAUGCUGCCAUGCACAUCUAUGGCAAGAUGCAAAGACGACCACCCUACAAGAAUGCCUCGGUGCUGCUGCUGCGCUGGGAUGAGGAUACAGCUAUGGAGCGCGAGGUGCUCAACCUGGAAAAGGUGUUUCGAGAGAGAUACAACUACCACACUGACAAAUGGGCAAUACCUACCUGUCCCAACCCCAGCAUCAAGUUGAGCGUCCAGAUGGCCUCCUUCAUCGAGCAUGCCCGCAGUGACCACCUCUUGAUUAUCUACUAUGCUGGCCACAGCUAUGUCGGCCCUGACAAACAGGUAUACUGGGCAAGCAACAAUACUCGAGAGGAUGCAUGUCGACUGAAGUGGGGUGGUGUGCGCUGCCUCUUUGAGGAUGCUCAGUCUGAUAUCCUCCUGCUUCUUGACACCUGUGCUGUCCACGACUCCCCACACGCUGGCAGCCAUGGUACAAAACAGGCUAUUGCUGCGUAUAGCCCAGGCCAGCCCACCCCUGACUACCCGCUCCAGUCUUUCACCAGCUACCUGGCCACCGCCCUUCACAACCUCAGCAGCUUGGGCAGGCCGUACACGGUGCAGCGUCUGUACGAUGAGAUCUUGCGCGUACGACAGCGAGAUGUUCCCUCGAGGUCCGUCAAUGGCGGCAGGGCCAGAUCACAAGCACCUGCCGAGAAGACUCCUGUCUUGUUCACGUUGACGCCAGGAAAGGUCGAGCAUAUUGCCCUAUAUCCUUUCAAGCAGAAGGGAGGCUCUUCUGCUGAGGAUCCUCAUCAUACCAAUGGUCACUCGAGCCAGGGUCUCCCGUUUGUGACGAAUGCACCCGUACCUGAUCUAACCUUCGACGAGGCAAGAGUACUCGUCUGCACCACCUUCGUUGGUGAUGCUAGCUCGGACAUGGCCUUCUACAACCAGUGGCUCCAGCACCCACCGGCCCUCGCGUCUAAGAUCACCAUGGAGGGCAUGUUUCUGGGCCCACCAACCAUGCUCCUUGUAUCAAUGCCCAUAACUGUCUGGAAUGUGGUCCAGCACGAUAAGGUUUGUUGUUUUCUGGGCUACAUCAAUUCCCACAACAUGAUCGAUCUGUACAAGGGACUUGUUCAAUCUUCACCCCAACCUCGCGCACUCUCCAGCGCCACUGCACUUCCUGUUCACGAGAGGGCCGUGGACGAUGGCCGUGUCCAUGUCGAGACCCGCAACGGCGGCCAGGUCAGCAAGCGCCGUCACGAUUCAAUGAGUUCACACACUUCCAUGUACCCUCUGCCCGCGCAGCCGGUUCGCCACGUUGCGCCGGCCAGGAAUCCACUUCCCAAUUCAGCCCCCGUGCCUCCUACGAUUACAAUGGGCCCUGCGACGAGAAACGACGUAGACAGCGCCGAGAUGAAGGAGGCGGCCGAACAGCUCAAGGCGCUGAGCCACGUCCGUCAGGCUAGCGACGGGGCGGUGAGCGCUGGUGGCCGGUCAGAGGCUCGAUCGGGUCGUUCGCCUUCGUCCAACGACGCCAAUGACCUCAUGGAUGGGUAUGUGGGGGCAGGCACGCCCGCGAGGAAGCCGCUGGCCAAAGGCCAGCCCAAGUAUGAUACUCAGUGCUCAAUGUGCACGCACGCACCUUUCAAGGACUCGUCGUCACUGCGGAAACACAUCGCCGCCGCCCACACGCGGCCGUUUCCAUGUGCAUUCUCUUUCGCCGGCUGCAUGAGCACAUUCGGCUCCAAGAACGAGUGGAAACGCCACAUUUCUUCUCAGCACCUCUGUCUCCAAUACUACCGCUGUUCGCAGUGCCCCUCGAGUGCCGCCGAGGGCAAGGGUAACGAGUUCAACCGCAAGGACUUGUUUACGCAGCACCUGCGACGCAUGCAUGCCCCCUUUGCCAUUAAGAAGGCCCUCACCAAGGGGGACAGCAAGCUGGAGUCGGAGUGGGGGAGCCACGUCCGGGAGAUGCACGUAUCGUGUCUGGUCACGCGAAGAGAACCUCCUGAGCACGUGGCAUGCCCUACACCGGACUGCAUGAAAGAGUUCGAGGGCCACACUGCGUGGGACGAGUGGACCGAGCACGUGGGUCGUCACAUGGAAAAGGGUGAUGGUCUCAAGAUUGGCGUAGACAACCUGCUGGCCAAGUGGGCUCUCGCCGAGGGCAUCAUCGAGCAGACGGACAACGGCGAGUACAAGUUCGCCACGCAAGAAGACACAAACACGUUCAGCAUCCGACGUGACUCCGUGGCGAACACCUCCCUCGUGUCGGACAGGACCAAGUCUUCCCCGAGAGUGGAGGAGAGCAGUUCAGAGGACAGUCGCAGCGAAGCGGACGAGAACCGCAACAGCGAGCGCGACCAGAAGACCAAAGUCGAGGUCGAGGUCGACGAUCCUGACUCCAUCGUGGUUGCGACUUCCACACCGACAGUGCACGACCGCAUGGAUACUGAUGACUAG